AUGGCAAAGAGCGAUGCAUCGAACAAAGAUUGCCUGGUACGCCUGUUUUUUGGUCGGAAGCGCUACGGGGCAUCGCGUCCUGGGGGCAGUCGGUUGUUUUCCCUGAGAAAUUACAAACUGCGCGUCGAUCAGAUGGAAGACCUGCAACUAGAUGCGGAUGAAUAUGUGGUUAGCAUGGCGGACGCACUCGCCAUUAUGCACUGGCGUACUAAGAUCGAUGCCAUGGAUGUUGAGUUCGUCCUUGGAAGCACACCGUUCGACCACAAUGCCGUCCGUCGCCCUCCACCGCUUCAAGACAUCGUACGCCUUACACCUGGAACAAGUACAUUUGAGCGCGCUACGAACACGGCCCCUAACUUCAAGAAGCGCAUUGUGAGCCUUUGGUUGCUUGACUUCGAUGCUUGUGGUCCUAUUACCAUGAAUACAGCAGGAGUUAACCAGGCAAUUAAGGCUUUCAUUGAAAAUGAGCCCUACUGUCCCCGUCCCUACAUGAAAGACACUUACUCAGAGCGACUAUGGCGCAUAUUCUCCCAGCGUUACCUGGAGACAGGAAGAAAGAUAACUGCUGGCAGUCCUUCGCAGUCGCUGCCGCGGCAAUUUAUUCAAGGUGUGAUGGCCAAGCUGUCGCCGCCAGACCAACUCCCACCGCGCCAAGCUACAGGCACAGUCUUAGGAAUGAGUGAAUCUUCAGGGACCAGAGGGCCUAUACCUCAACAACCACAACAACAACAGCAACAACAAUUAUCGAACCGGACCCCAUCUAGACGUGGUCAAGACGGGCAAAGGGGUGGCAGGGGCUCGACUGUUGGCUCGUCAAAGAAAGGCCCUGGAAAUCGCGGACAAGGUCGAGGAUAUCGUUGA